AUGCAGGUGGCAAAGGGCUCAAGCCCAAAUACUCAAGUCAGCGAAGCCGGUCGCCUCUCGCUGUGUACAAAGGUGUGCUAUGGCUUUGGUGGCAUUCCCAACCAGGUGGCCUCCAGCGCCACAGCCUUUUACCUGCAGCUCUUCUUGCUUGACGUGGCCCAGAUCCCUGCUGCCCAGGUGUCCCUUGUCCUGUUUGGAGGGAAGGUGUCCGGGGCAGUGGCCGACCCUGUGGCCGGGUUCUUCAUCACCAGGAGCAGGAGGACAGGGUCCGGACGGCUCAUGCCCUGGGUGCUGGGCUGCAUGCCCUUCCUCAGCCUGGCCUACUUCUUCCUGUGGUUCCUGCCUCCCUUCCCCAGCCUGCGUGGCCUCUGGUACACGGCGUUCUACUGCCUCUUCCAGGGCCUGGCCACGUUCUUCCAGGUGCCCUACACGGCACUCACCAUGCUGCUCACCCGGAGCCCCCAGGAGCGGGACUCUGCCACUGCCUAUCGGAUGACCAUGGAAAUGGCAGGGACACUGAUGGGAGCUAGCGUCCACGGGCUGAUCGUGUCCAGUGCCCACAGCUCCAACCACUGUGAGCUCCCCGGGCCUGCUGCUGUCUCCCCGGAUGCAACUCGCCUCUACUCCCUCGCUGCCGGUGUGGUUGCUCUGACCUACCCCGUGUGCAUCAGCCUGCUCUUCCUAGGGGUCAAGGAGCAGCCAGACCCUGCUGACCUGGCCUCCGGCCAAGGCCUCGGCUUCCUGGCUGGGCUGGGCCUCACAGCCCGGCACCCACCCUAUGUGAAGCUGGUGGUCUCCUUCCUGUUCAUCUCAGCGGCGGUGCAGGUGGAGCAGAGCUACCUGGUCCUGUUCUGCACACACGCUGCCCAGCUGCGAGACCACGUCCAGGGCCUGGUGCUGACCAUCCUGGUCUCGGCUGUGCUGAGCACCCCGCUGUGGGAAUGGGUACUGCAGCGCUUUGGGAAGAGGACGUCGGCCCUGGGCAUCUGUGUGAUGGUGCCUUUCGCAGUCCUGCUGGCCGGUGUGCCCACAGCCCCCGUGGCAUACGUUGUGGCCUUUGUCUCUGGCGUGAGCAUUGCCGUGUCCUUGCUGCUCCCCUGGUCCAUGCUGCCGGACGUGGUGGAUGACUUCCAGCUGCAGCACCGGCACGGCCCGGGCCUGGAGACCAUCUUCUACACAUCCUACGUCUUCUUCACCAAGCUUUCAGGCGCAUGUGCCCUGGGCAUCUCCGCCCUCAGUCUAGAGUUCGCAGGGUACAAGGUAGGAGCCUGCAGGCAGGCGGCGGAGGUGGUGGUCACGCUCAAGGUCCUCAUCAGUGCUGUGCCCACCUGCCUGGUCCUGGUUGGGCUGUGCAUCCUCAUGGUCAGACCCACUCCCCGGCUGCCAGGCCAGGACAGUGCCCACCAGCAGAGCCUCCGGAGGAAGAGCAGCCUCAGCCUUGCUUCAAAUUCAAGAGGACUUCUGUGAGCAGAACAGCAGGAGCCCCGGAGUCCCUGUUCUCGGCCCUUUUGCACCUCACCUUACCCACAUUUUAGCACGGGGCGCUGUCCUCCAGGUGGGCAUCUCCAGUGACGAUUCCUAUGGGCCUAGCCUGGCUCCAGGAUGCCCACCUGACCUCUCCUGCCCAUGGAUCACACAGCAUCUCAGGCCCGUGCCCGGCCACACCAGCUCCUGACAGCCUUUGCAGCACAAAAGCAUCCCGGUGGCAAUCUUCCUGCCAACAGGAAGUGUCUGCCUGCCCGGCCUGCCCAGAGGCUCCCCUUAGGGAAGGACAGACAGACACACCAGACCUCCCUGAAGCUCCAGCAGACAUGAGCACCCAGAGGCCGAGACACCACAUGAGUGCGCGAAGCAGAGGUGGAUGGCAUGCUGGGGACAGGAGGGGUACAGAGACCCAGGGACCAGCCCUGGUGAAGGAGGGCACUGCAGUGGGAUGAGGUUCCUGGCCUUUUGCCAUCACAUGAGGUGACAGCUCUGCUUCUAAUCAGGGAUGGGCUGACGCUGAGCCACCAGAGGCCACGCGUUUCACCAACACAAGCUACCUGUGCGGAGUGUCUCUCUGAAACCCUGUCUUCUUAUAGCAGGCACCAGGGUUUUCUAGAGGCCACGUCUGUGGGGAAGAAAGAUCUACUAAGCUCUAUUUUUUUGAAACAAAGGAAAAAAAUAAAUCAAUGGGUUUAUCUUGUAGACUGCAGAACGUGGCUGGACAGCCUUCUUGUCCCGCCGCUGGAUCUGCUGAGGAGGGGAGGAGGGUGUCCAGGGUCCUGAAACUCACUGCUGCCCCGGUCACUCGGCCCCAGUGUGCACCUUCCUGAGACCAGGGUCACCAGCAGGGAGCUGGGUUCCUGUCCUCUGCACAGACACAAAGCUGAGCCUCCAGAGGGGCCCAGGGCACGGGCACUGCUUUGAGUGGCGGAGGGCCUGGGGAUGGGAGGUGGCAGAGGAUCUGCUGGGUUCAGGGCCCAGAAGCAACUGCUCAGCACGAUACAUGUUUGCUGAACGAACAAGUGAACGUCUGUAUCACUCGCCUCUUAAACCAAAACCACUGUACCGGUCCCUCAGCUUCGGCCCCAUAGCCUGCAGCUCUGGUCUUUCCCACCGUGCUAUUCCUGUCUCUUUGUCCUCACAGUGAGCCUGGCCCCUGGCCACCACAGCCAUGGAGGCAGUGUGGCCGGACGGGAUGGGCGCCAGCCAGGAGAAAGGAGACAGGAGUUUGUGCUGCUCCUGGCUUCGCCACACACGACCGGUUGACUUUUUAACAAUCUGGUGCCUCUGCCUCUGGUUUUGAGACAGUGCAGCCAUGUGGCCCCAGCUGGCCCUACACUCCUGGGCCCACACUGUCCUCCUACCUCAGCCUCCUGAAGAGCUGGACAUUUCUUUUCUUUUUUCAGCUACUGGGGGUCGAACUCAGGACCUUGCACUUGCCCGGCAGGUGCAGCCCCAGUGAGCUACGUCCCCGGCCCCUGGACAUUUGUCUUGGACAAAUGUGCUACAUACACUUUGGGAUGGCGUUAGGGGUUAAGAGGUGAUACCAAGCAGGUACCAGUGAGAGUGUCCUCAGCACUAGGUGGGACAUGGUCUCAAACCCUGCCCCGCGGGCCUCACCUCCGAGGUGACCUGUGCCACUCUCUCAAUGUGCCUUGGUGUCACGGGUACUGCAGUCUCACCCACCAGACCCUACUGCCACUCAGGCUCUGCUAGGCCAGCUACCUUGGUGAGCGCGCUCCAAGCAAUUCGAGCAAAGCCAGACUCGUCACCUCUCC